AUGUACCAGGGGCACCCCCACACCUUCUACAGGUUGGUUCCACCUCUGGAACGGCACCAUUCCUCUUCACCGUUCCUCUUCACCAUCUACACUGCAGACUUCUCCCACAACUACACUCAGUACUUCCUGCAGAAGUUCUCUGACGACUCUCCAAUAGUCGGCCUCAUCACUGAUGUGGACGACAAGGAAAAAGGGCAGAGCAGGCUGUACCUGCUGUGGGGGCUCAGGUCUUUUGGAGUGAAAGGCCCACUCCUAAAGACCUUCUAUGACUCUGUGGUGGCCUCAGCCAUCUUUUACGGUGUGGUGUGCUGGAGUGGCAGCAUCUCUGCUUGGCUUCCCAAUUCAGAGCGAGCUAAGAAAAUAACACAAUCUAUCACGUACUUCAUCUGCAAAGACCUGCGUCCUUACAACAUUGUGGAAAACGAGGGCUUUUCUUACAUGAUCAAGACGCUGGAACCCAGGUAUGUGAUACCAUCACGACGUUUUUUCGCGGACACAGCCGUACCCAAUCUCUACAUAGAUGUGAAGCGUAAAGUUGAGGAAAGUUUGAGCACAGCAGAAAGGGUUGCAUUAACUUGCGACGCAUGGGCCUCGCGGGCUGUGGAUUCAUAUGUGACUAUAACAGCUCAUUAUCUCACAGCGGACUGGCGACUGCUGUCUUACGUUCUCCAAACUCGAACAUUACAUGAAAGUCACACCGGGGCGAACAUUGCAAAUCUCCUGCAAAAUGCAGCACAGGAAUGGGGGAUUGCCGACAAAAAUCUGGUGGUUGUCACCGACAAUGCUUCUAAUAUGACAAUUGCCACUCAGCUAGCGGGAUACCUGCAUGUGAAGUGUUUCGCCCAUACGCUCAAUCUGGCAUCACAACGAGCCUUAAACCUGCCUGCAGUAGCCAGGGUCUUGGGGAGAGUGCGGCGCAUAACUGGGUUUUUCAAUAGAAGCACAGUGGCAAACCACGCUCUGGAGCAAAAACAGAAAAUGUUACAGCUCCCGACUCACAAGCUCAAGACCGACGUCUGCACGAGAUGGAACAGUGCUUAUGACAUGCUCCAGCGUUUCCUUGAACAACAACCUGCGAUUUGUGCAGCGCUGCUGUCUCCCGAAGUCAGAAAGAGUAGCACAGAUAUCUUUACUCUAAAUGAGAUGGAUAUUGGGAACACUGAAGAAAUUGUCCGGGCCUUGAAGUCAAUGCAAGUCGCGACUACUGUGAUGUCUGAGGAAAAGAAUCCUACUCUGUCUCUCGUAGCACCGCUGCUAGCACAGCUGUUGCAUGACACCCAAGACAACAUUGGUGACACAGCGCUGGUCAGAAACAUCAAGCAAAGUAUCAGUCAAGAUCUUAAGAAGAGAUAUGCCAGCACAGUCGAGAGGAACACCCUCUACACAGCAUCAGCUCUCGACCCACGCUUUAAAACCCUGCCGUUCCUGUCACUGGAGGAAAGACAGGAAACCUAUGCCAGAGAGGUUGCUGAGGCUAUAACCCUUCAGGAAGAAAAGAGGCAGCAGCCAAUCUCUGAGCCAGAAGCCCGUGAACAUCAUGAGAAACCUGGUACCCCUCUCAUACCAGCCAAGAUGAGGAAGUCUUGUGGGUUAACAGACUUGCUUGGUCAGACUUAUGGUGAUGUUGGAGCCCCACCAAAAUCAUUAUCUGCCACAGCCGAGGAGGAGGUGAAAAGAUACCAGGAGGUCACACCACUGGCACUCACAGAAGACCCACUAAGCUGGUGGAAAUCCCAUGAGGAAGUCUAUCCUUUCCUGGCCACGUUGGCAAAAAGAUACCUUUGUAUCCCAGGUACUAGUGUCUCAGCUGAAAGAGUCUUCUCAACUGCUGGAGACAUCGUCACAGCUAAACGGAGCACUCUGACUUCAGAGCAUGUUGAUCAGCUCCUUUUUCUGAGCAAGAAUGCUGACAUUGCUUCACUGUCCAAAUGUGUUUAA